CAUCAGCGGCCGUCCUCUGCUGCAAAUGCCGAGUAUGUUCUACUGAUGCUUGCGUCUUCUUGGACCAUAACAGACAACACCUCUGAUUUUAUUUACGCGAGGGUCACCGAUUCAAAUUCCCCGAGGACCUGAGAUAUAUUUGGGGAACUUACUAUGUUGUCCUAAAGCGUGGAGCCGAGGAGAAGUUGCGGAUUGGGGAAGCGGCAAGUUAUUUGCGCCUGGGAAAAGCUGUAUUCACUUUGGAACCGGUGAUAAGCUACAGGCUAACCUCAGGAAUAUUUUCAGAUAUUAGCAUGUCGCUAGCUAGCAUAAUCAAUUGCGACAUGUAAAGUUGGCGAAUUUCAUAAAAAGACACAUUUUGACUAAAAUUCGUCUUAAAACUCGUGUAACGUUUUGAAUAGCUUAUGUUAAAUGUGAGAUCCAACGUUAGCGUCGGACCCAGUUUCCUAUAGGAACAAUAGUUUAUUGUCCGGGCAAGCGCUGUACUUACUAUCGUGCAUAACGUUUUGCUUGGUUUUCGUUCAUAAACACUUGUUCUUUUGAGUUUUGGUUCAAUUUGGCAGGGUUUAUGUCAUAAAAGCUUUAUGGUCGAAAUGGAUAAUGGCUGAAAAUUAAAUGCCACGCUGCAUGAAUAGAGAAUUGGGCGUUUUGUUUGGAUUAGGUAAACUUUCGACAGUCAGUCGGUGGCGCACUGACGAGAAGACUAGCUUGAUGAACAUAAGAAAUCGCCCACAUGCUUUGGAACAGCUAUCGGACUUGUGAAAGUCAUCUAAAGCGGAAGGUGGCAGACUUGCAACCCGGGGGGAGAUGGCGAAGCUCUACCGUAGGCGGUAGAGAAGCCCGAACUUCGGGACUUUUUGAAAUCAUACCCCAAAAACUUAGCCCAUAUUUUAGGACACAUGCAGGCCAAAAAACGGUAUUUAGUUUUGUUCUCUGCUGGCGUGUGUCUACUUCUGCUUUUUUGUUUCGGGGGUAUUCAAGUCCCACUAUCCAGAAGAGGUCUAAACCGGCGUGAUGCGCGAAGUCUUCAUUCCGGGCCGCGGUGGAGUCGCUCCCCCGGCGUCGUUCAACCUUUCAGCGCAGGGGAGCAAGACCCCAACGACGAUGCGAAUGGGCACAUAUCUCCUAAUCAAAGGAGAGAAGCAAUCCCUGGCGUCUUCUCCGGAAAACGUUGCAGAAUGGAGUCCUGCUUUGACAUGUCUCUUUGUGAGAGAAACGGCUUCAAAGUUUACAUUCAUCCCCAGCAGAAAGGAGAGAAAAUGUCCGAGAGCUAUCAGAACAUUUUAUUAUCUAUUGAAGCCUCUAGGUUCUUCACACCGGAUCCAGGCAAGGCAUGCCUGUUUGUUCUGGGUUUGGACACAUUGGACAGGGACCAACUGUCACCACAGUAUGUGCACAGCCUAAAGGCAAAAGUCCAGAGUCUUCCUCUGUGGAAUGACGGUAAAAACCACAUCAUCUUUAACCUGUAUUCCGGCACGUGGCCUGACUACACGGAAGACCUGGGCUUCGACAUUGGCCUCGCCAUGUUGGCUAAGGCCAGCAUCAGCAUAGAGAACUUUCGGCCUAAAUUUGAUGUAUCCAUCCCCCUUUUCUCAAAAGAACAUCCCAGGACAGGAGGGGAACGGGGCUACCUUAAACACAACACCAUCCCACCAUAUCGGAAAUACACAUUGGUGUUCAAGGGGAAAAGAUAUUUAACUGGAAUAGGGUCUGACACAAGGAAUGCCUUGUACCAUGUGCAUAAUGCAGAAGAUGUGGUCCUUCUCACCACCUGCAAGCAUGGGAAGGACUGGCAGAAGCACAAAGAUGCACGCUGUGACAAAGACAAUGCAGAAUAUGACAAGUAUGAUUACAGAGAGAUGCUGCACAACUCCACUUUCUGUCUAGUUCCUCGAGGACGUCGGCUGGGUUCCUUUCGUUUCUUAGAAGCAUUGCAGGCAGCCUGUGUUCCAGUGAUGCUAAGUAAUGGCUGGGAGCUGCCUUUUUCUGAGAUCAUUGACUGGAACACUGCAGCUGUGAUUGGUGAUGAAAGGUUGCUUCUUCAGGUUCCUUCAACAGUUCGCUCCAUCCACCAGGAUAAAAUUCUCUCCCUGAGACAGCACACACAGUUCUUGUGGGAGGCCUACUUCAACUCUGUAGAGAAAAUAGUUUUGACCACACUUGAGAUCAUCCAGGAUCGGGUGUUACAGCACACCUCAAGGAGUAGCCUCAUGUGGAAUAGUCUUCCUGGUGGUCUUUUCGCAUUGCCCCAAUACUCCACAUACCUUGGAGACUUCCCUUUCUACUACGCUAAGCUUGGUAUCACGACCUACCCCAAGUUUACAGCUGUAAUUCAUGUGGUGACCCCAUUGAUCUCGCAGUCCCAGCCAGUCAUGAAGCUGCUCGCUGCUGUAGGCAAAUCACAGUACUGUGCACAGGUGAUAGUUGUGUGGAACUGUGAGAAAUCAUUUCCUGUAAAGCACCGUUGGCCUGCCACCUCAGCUCCUGUCAUUGUAAUUGAGGGGGAAAGCAAGGUUAUCAGCAGCCGCUUCUUGCCGUAUGACACAAUCCCCACUGACGCGGUGCUAAGUCUCGAUGAGGAUACUGUGCUCUCCACCACAGAGGUGGAGUUUGCGUUCACAGUGUGGCGUAGUUUUCCAGACCGCAUUGUUGGGUACCCAGCCCGCAGCCACUUCUGGGACAGCAACAAGGAGCGUUGGGGCUACACUUCAAAAUGGACCAACGACUACUCCAUGGUGCUGACUGGAGCUGCCAUCUACCAUAAAUACUACCACUACCUGUACACCACAUACCUUCCAGCCAGUCUGAAGACUAUAGUGGAUCAGAUGUCAAACUGUGAGGAUAUUUUGAUGAAUUUCCUUGUGUCGUCUGUUUCUAAGUUGCCUCCAAUCAAGGUCACCCAGAAGAAACAAUACAAGGAAACCAUGAUGGCUCAGAGCUCCCGAGCUUCUCGCUGGGCCGACCCGGACCAUUUUGCUCAGCGUCAGACUUGCAUGAACAAGUUUGCCAACUGGUUUGGCAUCAUGCCACUGGUUCAUUCACAGAUGAGACUUGACCCGGUCCUCUUUAAAGACCAGGUGUCCAUACUGAGGAAGAAAUACAGAGACAUUGAAAGGCUAUAACCCCCCUGAAACCCCUUGCUCUCUGGACAAAAAUGGAAGAGAGUGGGGGCAGGUUUUGUUUUUUUUAUUCUCUUUUCCUUUUCCUAAAUGGAUCAAUGGAGAAGCAAAUGUGAGGAAGAAGGGUAAUGAGGACAGAUUGACCACAUUAUGACAUAUUUUCUUGGUUCUUUCAUGUUUUUGUUAGUAGCAGAGUGUGAACUUCCAUCUCCAUUGAAGGCACUGAAGGCCUAAAACUGCUGACUGGAAUUGCCAAAGCAAUGGACAUUGAUGCCCCAAUUGCUCACAAACAACUGCAAACCGCCUGAAACUAUUCAGUUCACUAUGCACAUGUUCAUGAACGUUUUGCUGAUUAUAUUGUAAUGGUCAGCAAUGUUCUACAUCUAUAUUGUAGUGAAAAAGAGGAUAACACUAUUUUUAUGUUUACUUUUUACAAUCCUGGUGUUUAAUACAGUCUGUGGUUUCUGCUGUUUUAAAAGCAGUAGCAGGAGUUGGUGAGGAGAGCAAUGACAAGUCGUUCACCACAGUUAGGAUCAUAUUCUGCACAGUGCCUCAACACUAGCCUUUUUAUUUGGGAGUCCAAAUAAGAAGACGUGAUCCGAAAUGAAAAGCCAGCUGCUUGAAUUUGUGAUUGUUUAACCCGUAUUAAAAGGAAAACAAAAAAAGGUUUUAAUAUCUAAGAAAAAAAAUAUGUAUAAUUUUUCAUGUUUGGGAAACUUUAGCAUACCGCUAGCUACCUGCAAGGUUCUACAAUAUUCACUCUGGCCAAAGAUAUUCACAGUCCGUCUAGCUUAUUUAGCAACUGAAUUCUUCCAUUUAGCAAUACUGUGUAACAAGUAAGUGAAGAAAGGUACUUGAAUAUUAUGCUGGCUUGAAUUUAGGAGAGGAUCGAACAAGUGUGGAAUUUUUGCAACCAGCAAUGUUACCAAUUAUUCAUCAAACUUUGAGUCAUGAUUCAUAUUUUACUUUGCUCGCUGACAAGUAUUGUGGUCACUCUGGUCCACUUGUACUCAAGUUCUGAUAUGGUUUUUGUUCUUAAGAGACUAGCUCAGACAAAACUAACAUGAUAUCGGAAUAGCUCUCUGAUAUCCACUCAACUUAUUCUCAUUACGACUGACUGCUCUAAAAAUGUGAUUAGUAUGAUCUCUUAAUGAAACACAGUACUAAUUAUCAAUGCUUAAAAGCCACCUUUCUGAUUCACCUUGACUUUGCACCAGAUGAGACAAUACUUUUAACAUAACAAGCUAUUUUGUUUUAUCUCCCGUAAGCUCAACCAUUGUGCAUUUCAACAGCCAUGUGACUGAAAACCGAUGAACAGCUUUUCAUUUCUGUGUUGUGACAUAUCAAAGUUUAAUAUGACUGAAUUAAGAGAAUUUGAAGCUGCAUAACCACUGUAAAGUGAAACCGAAGUUAACGCCGUAAGCCAGCAGCACUACCCAGUUCGCUUUUCAGUAUCCAGAAUGUCAUUCUAUUUUGUUAAACUUCAAUCCUCUACACUCAUUCAUGCAUACAUACUUCAAUCUAAUACGUGCCAAUUGUUUAGCUUGUUUUAUCCUCCCAUCAAUCCUGUAUGAGGAAUGCCAUGUAUUCCCAUCAUUCUCGGGUACUUUUCAAUAUUUCUGUGAGUGUGUAUUCUAUUUCAGAGAAUGUGCUAUUUGUUGUUAAGCAACAGUCCUAUCAUUUCUAAGUCCAAUACUAUCAAGAGUGGAAACAGGUGCAAUAUUAAAGAUAGUCUUUUCUUUUUUUUUUUUUUUUUUCAUCCUUUUCAUUGUCAUUUCAAAGGCUUUGUAUGGGUAUGACACUGUGUAUACAGUAUUAACGUGCCUUCUGAAAAUUACAUUUUUCCUUUAUUCUCGUGUGGCAACCAAUUGCUGAUUUAAUUUCAGAAUUUAAAUGAUCAAUAUCAGUUCAUAUGUACAGGCAGUGAUUAAACACAGGUAUACAAUGAAGAUUCUGUUACGGACAUUCCACUUGAUCUAACAAAAUUUUUGUGGUCAUGUUAAACUGACAUACAGGGAUCCCCGCAUAUUUGCAUUUCAGGACCUGUGAAUUCAGCGCUUCUUCUGAAAUCUUUGAAAAAUAAUAAUGUCCUUCAAUUUGAGGGUUUUCAUGAUUUGUAGGCAGGUCUGGUACCUAUCCCCUAAGAAUAGUGGGAAUCCACUGUAAGUACUGCCAUUUAUUACUGCAUUUUUUUUUUUUUUUUAGAUUUUAUUGUCCCAUGUCUAAUUUUGUGUACAUGCAGUGUACACUAUCAUAAUGUAAUCUUGACUUUCCUAAAAUCCUGCAUUUGUAGAGACUGAUUUAAAGACUGUAAAAAUCUUUUUUUUUUUUUAAAUACAUUUUUUAUCAAAAACCAA